GUGGACGUAGUUGUAAGCGACAUGGCACCGAAUUUUUCAGGACAACAUUUCAUAGAUCAUGUUAAAUCAAUGGAAUUAUGCGAAUCCUCCCUAAAUUUUGCUGAGCAAGCAUUAAAAUUUGGAGGCACCUUUUUAUGCAAGUUCUUGAUGGGAGAAUCUGACCAUGAAUUUAGAAACCUUUUAAAGACCAAGUUUAACAGAGUUCGUCACGAAAAACCUCAGGCUGUGCACAAAAAGUCAACAGAAGGAUAUUAUAUGUGUUUAGGUUACAAAAAAAACAAGUAG